AUGAAUAUCUCUGAUUCAUUCAAUACUGAUACUGAAAAUGAUGACGAACAAGAAGAAAAAUGUUUUGAACCUAUAUUUUAUUUUGAACAUUAUAAAUAUGAAAAAAUUCCAUCACAUCAUUUUAAUAUUGGUGAUUCUGUUGCAUUAAUUGAUCAAGAACAAUUAGAUGAAUAUUUAUCUAAACAAAAUAAAACUGAUGAAAAACCUCCAUUACGUUUAUUUUAUCAAUCAUUUGGAAUAAUUUUAAGUAUUUAUCCAUUAUUAUCAAUUAAAUUUACAUAUUGGCCAUUAUCAUUAACAAAUAGUAAUUAUUUAAAUCGACAAAAAUUAUUUCGUUUAGAACAUUUAUUAUUGAUUAAACCAUUUUUAAAUUUAUCAGAUAAUAUUGAUAAAGAUCAAUUAAAAAAUUAUGCACAAGAUCAAAUAAGAAAUGUAGAAAAUAAUUUAACCGAUGACAAUGAAUAUAAUCAUGCUACAUUAAAUAAUAGUCAACGUCAAGCAAUAAAAAAUGCAUUAGAAAAUCGUUUAACACUUAUUCAAGGUCCACCUGGUACAGGAAAAACUGAAACAUCAGCAUGGAUUAUACAUUUAUGGUUAAAAAAAUUUUUUCAAGAAGGACAACCAAUAUUAAUUUGUGCAGAAACACAUCAAGCAGUAGAUAAUUUAACACGACGUUUAUUACAAUAUCGACAAUAUCGUUUAAUUCGUUAUGGUGAACCAAGAACUGUUGCUCCUGAUCUACAUAAAUAUACACUGCCAACACAAAUUGAACUUUUACGUCGUGAAAAACAACAAUCAAACUCGAAUACAACAACAACAAAUAAAUCUUUAUAUGGACCACCAAAACCAAAAGAAAUACGUGAAAUAAUAUCAAAAUGUCAAAUAUUAUGUAUGACUUGUUCAGGUGUUGGAAUAUUGGAACCUGAUUUUAAAUUUCCAUUUAUUUUAAUUGAUGAAGCAUCACAAAUAACAGAACCCAAUAUUCUUAUUCCAUUAGUUCGAAUAACAGAUCAAAUUGUUCUCUUACCACCGAUUAUAAAAAUGGCUGAAGCAAAACCAUUAUUAGAACGAUCAUUUUUUCAGCGUUUAUUAGAAAAUCUAAAUAUAAACUCAAUUAUGUUAGAUACUCAAUAUCGUAUGCAUCCAUCAUUAAUUGAUUUUCCAUCAAAAGUAUUCUAUGAUGGUUCAUUAAAAACUGGUAUUAAACCUGAACAACGACCAAUACCACAAGAAAUUAAAUUUAUUAAUAAACAAAUUCCAUUAAUGUUUGUUGAUGUUGAUCAAAGUUAUGAAACAAUUCAUGGAUCGAAUAUUUAUAAUAGACAAGAAGUUGAAUUAAUUUGUCAAACAAUUCAAACAUUAUUACCACGUCGUCAACCAAAUUUAUCACCAAUCGAUAUUGGUGUUAUUACACCUUAUACACGACAAGUUAAAGAAAUAGUCGAAAAAUUAUCAACUAUUCAAGUCCCAAAAGGUGUUGAAAUUCGGACAGUAGAUGGAUUUCAAGGACGAGAAAAAAAUAUUAUUCUUAUUUCCUUAGUUCGAUCAAAUAAUGAAAAUGAAAUAGGAUUUUUAAUCAAUGAACAACGUAUGAAUGUUCUUUUGACACGAGCAAAAUGUGCAAUGAUUGUUUUUGGUAAUAAACAUACUUUAAUAUCAAAUAAUUUAUGGAAACAUUGGAUUGAAAGUGUUCCAAAUGUUAAUUCAACACAAUUUAUAAAUGAGUGUUUAAUAAAACAAAAUCAAAUAACAGAUCAACAUCAAUCUCAAUCAACAAAACAAUAUACUCAUAAUAAAUACAACAAUUCUAGAAAAAGUUAUCCUCAGUAA